GCGCUCGGUAGAGCGCAGCGCGGGGCUCGGAGGCAACGGUCCGCGCUGGGAUCCCGGAGGCUGCGGCUGCAGACGCCUCCAGCUCCCCUGUUUGGGAUCGGCCGCCGCAGCGGAUCCACCCCCCCAACACACACACACACACACACACACACACACACACACACACUCACACACUCACUCACUCACUGCGCCCGGCCCCGGGUGCGCGGAUCCCGGAGGGGAGCGAGUUCCCGCGCGGGCGGCGACCCCCCAGAAGAGCUCCGGUGCCGGAGCCGCCUGGCGUCCUGGUCGUCCGGGGCAUGGCUUCGGCGGGCAGCGGCAUGGAGGAGGUGCGCGUCUCGGUGCUGACCCCGCUGAAGCUCGUCGGGCUCGUGUGCAUCUUCCUGGCGCUGUGUCUCGACCUGGGCGCCGUGCUCAGUCCCGCCUGGGUCACGGCCGAUCACCAGUACUACCUAUCCCUGUGGGAGUCCUGCCGCAAGCCGGCCAGCUUGGACAUCUGGCACUGCGAGUCCACGCUCAGCAGCGAUUGGCAGAUUGCUACUCUGGCUUUACUCUUGGGCGGCGCUGCCAUCAUUCUCAUUGCUUUCCUGGUGGGUUUGAUUUCUAUCUGCGUGGGAUCUCGAAGGCGCUUCUACAGACCUGUUGCUGUCAUGCUUUUUGCCGCAGUUGUUUUGCAGGUUUGCAGCCUGGUCCUUUACCCAAUCAAGUUCAUUGAAACUGUGACCUUGAAAAUUUACCAUGAGUUCAAUUGGGGUUAUGGCCUGGCCUGGGGGGCAACUAUAUUUUCCUUUGGGGGUGCCAUCCUUUAUUGCCUCAACCCUAAGAACUACGAAGACUACUACUAGAACCAGUUGUCUACAAUUUUAAAAUCAACAUCACCAUCCAAAAGAAGAGUUCUGUCUGCAUCUUUUCUAUCUCACUAUUUUCUAAAACACUUGUGGAACAUCAGGCAGUUUGUUCAGUUGAUUUAAGAUCUUUUGCCUUUUGGCUGUAAACAUCAUAACCAGCUUUUACAUCCAUUUUAGGGACCUGCACAAAUUAAGAGAGCUGAUUAGACAUAGGCAAAUGCUGCAAACUUCCAAUAUGUUGGUGUCAUUUUUCUUGACAAGUGAAGGGUCUAUAUGACAGCAACUGUUAUGAGAAACUAGUUGGAAUGAGAAAUGCCUGAAUCUCCUAUUGCCUGCAGGGGAGCAGCUGGCAUAAGCAACAUUUAGAAGUUUCUUUGCACUGAUAUGGAUUCCACUGUUAGGAAUCCUUAUUGCCUGCUUAUCCCACCUAAUGACUGCAUUGGCUGUUGGUUAUUUGCUUGAGUAUUCUCUUGAAAAUGGAACUGCUUUUCAGCAUCUAAUGGGAGUUCUGAAUGUAAGUGGUUAAUGGUACACAUUCCACCUUUAAGAAUACUCUGUUAUGUAGGAGAUUCUGCUCUGGCAAUCAACAUCUCCCUGGGAAGGGAGCCACAUGUGCUUUUCAUUACACGGUUAGAAUUUGUGCCUCAGCCAUAUCUAGAAUGAGGAAAAUUUGAGUUUCUCUUUUGCCUGAGGCAACUAGAACCAACUGUGCAUGAGUUGCUUUUGUCCUGCAUACCCUUUAAAUCAUUUACCAAACAUUGCAGCAAACAACUGUGCAUAUGUAACAAGCUUCAAUAUUUUUAUGGAUGGUAAACAUUUUAGUAUAACUGGUGAUAAGUUGUUUCCUAGCCUUCCACAUGCAUUUGCCUAUUACAUGUAAAAUUAAUAUUUGCUCUAGUGAAGUGAUUUGAACACUAACCUUGUACACAUUGUUAAGAGGCUUAGAUUGGUAUUUACACUUAUUUACCAAACUGAAGUACAUAUAUCGUAAAACUUUUGCUCUAUGUUCUCUACUGUUUCACUGGAAAGUUUUAAUAGAAUAAUGUAAGAAAAAUUGAAAUGAUGUUAAUCUGAAAAUUAAUGAUUCUGUAAGCACUGUAGUACAAAAGAGAGUAGUAAUUAGGAUGAUAAUUUUGUUUAAAACUCAUUAAAAUAGAAGGCUUUUUUUUCAAGUAUUUUAAAUGUCUUCAUUAAAAAUAAAGGAAUUUAGUGAUAGAUUUCUAUAGACGUCUAAAUGUCUCAGUAGAGAAGUAGAAUUCAUCUGAUUAUCAUCUGGUCCUCUGAAGUUAACUAAUGGGCUAACUGAUUUGUGCACACAGUUCUGAAGGAUUUACGUUCUGUGAAUCAUUUUUGUUGACUGUUCAAAUGGAAGGAAAUAUCAACAAUAAGGAAUAAGUUUGCUUCUGCAAACUGGUGUGUUGAAAUCCUGUUUAUUAUACAAAUUUGGAUAGUUUAAUUGAAAACAUAUUUUUGUAUCAAAUAUACAGUUCUAAUAUAAAAGUUAUAAAUAAUUAUUUUUGUUAGCAAAGACACUAAAACAGUAUGUCCUGGUUUUAGCCCUCUUACAGAAAGAAGCAGUUGAAAAAUUAUUUGAAGUGUACCUGUGUUCUAUCAUUGAAAAUCUGUUAAGAGCCAGGACCAUGUCAAUAGUUUUUAAUAAUUUGUUUUACCUCCCUAGGCAGAGCUCUGCUUCCAGCUUGUCUUAAGACUUGUUGCCAAAACAACCAACCAAAUAAAAACUAUUUUAUUACUCAAAUACUUUAAAAGAAAAAACUCUUGUGGCUUUUCUAUAGAAUUGAGAAGUAAAUAUAAAGAACCAGGUUUAUUCUUAUUUUACAAUGACAGCAAAUUGACAAAAUGAAUCUUAGAGAGUGACCUCUAUUAAAGUAUAGAUUCUAUAUGGAAUCAUGACAUACCCUGAAUUUUUUUCAGAAAGAUAUUAGUAUUGUAGAACCUUGAAGCAGCUUUCUUGAGAAAGAGUAAAAUUUGGGCCGGCUGUCUUACAGUUAAUUACAUAUUAUCAGAGUAGCAUGAGAAAUAUAUUUGUUGGAGAGGGAUUUUGGCUCCUAAACUCUCUUGUGAGAGAAUCUCUUUGUUCCUGAAUAAUAGGAAAACCAUACUUUCAUGCUGAUAUCACUGAGGCACUUUUCUUAGUCCUAGUGGAGGAUGCAGUGUGCUACUAAAUGAGGGUCACAUCUUGAAUCUUACCAUGGUUUGAGUCUAUGUGGAUAUGACAAGCUGGAAAGUGACAGAAUUUGUUAAAGGCUAAGGCACACAUAUUUGCAGUUUAUUGAAAAGUAAAUUUAUUAUAUAUUUUCCCCCAUUUCUACCAUAUCUCAAAGUUAGUUUCAUUACUAACAAGUUCAGAACAUAAAAAUUAUGUCACUCCUAUGAAGCAAUGUUUUGUCAAUCAGAAUAAAACACAAGUGAAUAUUUCACCUACUUUAACUUUAUCUUGGCACCUUUCCGUUUGUUUGAUGUUUUCCUAUAAGCAAAACUGUUAACUACAGACCCAUUGUUUAUCUUGGAGAGAGAGCGAGAGAGAGGGGGAGAGAGCAAGUAAGAUAGAUACACAUACACACAUAUAGCAUAAAGUACUCAGCAGGGCUAGUUAUUUGGAUUUCUUGCACAACUCUUUAGCGUUUUGUAUGUUCAGCGUGUACAUAAAUACAUAAAAACAUAAAUAUAGAGAGACCUAUGUGUUUGAAAUAUAAAUGAUAUAUAUGGACUAGCAUGUACCUGUAUAUUGUUAAACAUGCAAUGAACUGAUUGGUAAGUGAUGUCUAAUUGUAUGGCUAGCAAUGUAAUUUAUUCAGACUGUAUUUUUGUACAGAGCAGCGCACACUAACCUAUGCCUCUGUGUCCUCUUUAAUGCCUAAAACUGUGCCUAGAAUUUUCAUCUGUCUUAAAAAAUAAGAUAUACUUCAUGCUGUUCAUGCUAUUAGUUUAUCUAUUGCUGUUCAGUAUUUAUUAUUUUUAAGUAUAUGACAUGUUUACUACUUAAAUAUGAAUUCAUGGUAUUCCAGUUACUUUUUUAAACAGUGUUCUGGGGGAAAGCUGUUGAUCACGCCAAUGGUUUUUGAGUUUGCAGUUCACAAUUGGUUCUUUAUUUCUUGAUUUUUGUAGCUGACACGAAGUUAUCUGUGUAAAACAAAAACAAAAAUAAAAGUGACUUCUCGAA